GAGAUGGAAGAAGGGCUGUUGUGCAGAGAGGAGAGAGGAGAGAGAAGGGACGGUGGGGAUUUAAGAUGGGGUGUGGUGAUGGAGGAGGUGAAAAAGCAGGGCCUUUUAGCUGGGCCCAUGAUUGUAGUUUUAGUGUUCCAAAAUCUACAGCAGGAGAUCUCUUUGAUGAUGGUGGGCCACUUUGGUGAGCUUGCUCUCUCCAGCGCUGCCAUAGCUACUUCACUCUCUAGUGUCAUUGGUUUCAGCGUCAUGAUGGGAAUGGCAAGUGCAUUGGAAACUCUGUGCGGGCAAGCUUACGGAGCCCAGCAAUAUCAAAAGCUUGGAAUUCACACUCAAAGGGCUGUACUUGCCCUGCUUUUGGUCGCUCUACCGCUCUCUCUUUUAUGGGCUUUCAUGGGAAAGAUCCUAAUUUUCAUUGGCCAAGAUCUUCUAAUCUCAUUCGAAGCAGGGAAGUAUGUAAUGUGGAUGAUCCCCGCACUAUUCGCUUACGCAGUUCUUCAAGCGCUAAUAAUAUUCUUUCAAUCUCAGAGCUUGAUUCUUCCAAUGCUCCUAACCUCUUUGGCAACUCUAUGUUUUCAUAUUCCUGUCUUGGUAUAUAAUAUCGGGUUGGGAAAUGUCGGGGCCGCAUUGGCCAUCAGUAUAUCGUAUUGGUUGAAUGUGGUCAUCCUUGGAUUGUACGUGAAGUACUCUCCAUCUUGUGAAAAGACCCGCGCCCCACUCUCGAAAGAAGUGUUUCGAGGCCUUGAUGAGUUCUUCCGGGUCGCAAUUCCAUCUGCAUUGAUGAUAUGUCUUGAGUGGUGGUCAUUUGAACUGCUUAUCUUGUUGUCUGGGCUUCUACCCAAUCCAAAGCUAGAAACUUCAGCUCUUUCAAUAUGCCUCACCACCAUCUCGUUGCUCUACACGAUUCCGUAUGGGCUCGGUGCUGCUGCCAGCACUCGAGUUUCGAAUGAAUUAGGAGCUGGAAAACCACAGGCGGCCCGCUUAGCUGUGUGUGUUGUGAUGUGUGUGGCAGUCGUGGCGACUGCAAUUGUGGCCACGGCCCUUUUCUGUAUCCGCUACGUUCUUGGUUAUGCUUUCAGCAACGAGAAGGAAGUCAUAGAUUAUGUUAGGAGAAUGGUGCCUUUGAUUUGCCUGUCAGUCAUCACAGAUAGCCUACAAGGGGUCCUCUCAGGUGUUGCUCGAGGGUGUGGAUGGCAGCAUCUAGGUGCCUAUGUAAACCUUGGAGCAUUCUAUCUUGUUGGAAUUCCAGUUGCUAGCAUCUUGGGUUUUGUCUUGCAUUUGAAAGGAUGGGGCCUAUGGAUUGGGAUAGUGAGCGGAUCGGCUUUACAGUCGGUGCUUCUCUCUCUCAUUACAGGCUUUACAAAUUGGCAACAACAGGCAGACAAGACGAGGGCGCGAGUGUUUGCAAAGAGUUUGUUGAUAGACGAUGGAUUACGAAAGUAAGCUUUCUCGGCUAUGAAUCUUUUUAAGGAAUUCGAUGCAGCCUUUCUUGGCUCUAAAUCUUAUGUAAUGGGAUUAGCUUAUUUGUUUUAAUUUAUAUGUUUACCUCAAAUUUGAGUUUGUGGGUAGGCAAUGUGGAAAUAUAUAAUGAGGUUUUGUGUGUCGGUGCAUGUGCCCGUGUGUAUUCGUGAUGAUGCAAAUCGAUGCGCAUGUGAUAUUAAGGAAAUUUUGAUGUAUUUGGCAGAUUUUUUUACCCUUUUAAUUAGACUUCUAAAACUAAUAGAUUCAUCGAUGAUAUUUUCCACUC